GAAGAAACCUACGUGGAGACAGAUCCAACCGCAUCCAGUCCUGCCACACUCCAACCGGAGCAGAAAGAGAAUUCACAUGUCAUAAAAGUCAGAUAUCUUUUACGCGCUCAUCAAGAUGGAAAAUUCAGGUUUCGACGAUGAAGACAAAUCUGCAGCCCUGCGCAGAAGUCAGAGGGACCGAUUGGUCCGGGAAGAAGAUUUCUAUCAAUUUGUAAAUAACCUGAGUGAAGAAGAUUACAAGCUUAUGAGGGAUAACAAUUUGCUAGGCAUUCCCGGUGAAUCUACAUUAGAAGAGUUGCAGAGGAGACUUGAACGAAUUAAAGACAACCCACCACAAAAUUCAGACGAAAAUACAGGUGGAGGAGAUUCUUCUGAUAAUACAUCUAGUGGUGACUCUCUAUUAAACUGGGUUAACUCUUUCCAACAAACUGAAAAUGUGACAAGUGGGCAAACAGAACACCAAAUUUGGGAAGAACUGAGCCAGAUUAAUUCAAAUAACAAUAAUACCAGGUUUGGUUUAGAAGUGAAUUUUAAUGUUAAUAAUGGGAGCCCAAAUCCAGAGAACAAAGAUGGACCAUCUAUAAGAUUUCCCAGAGGAGACAAUACAGAAAACAUCCAAAGGCAAGCGGAAAAUACACAGUCUGAAUCAACAUUUAUAAGACCACCUAUGUCAGAACAAAGUACAACUGAAGCAGUAAUAGAAGUACCAGUUACUAGAGGUCAGCGAAGAGCAAGAAGCAGGAGCCCAGAGCAUCGAAGAACCAGAGCAAGAAUUGAAAGUAGUUCAGCACCAAAUUCAUGGAGUGAUCUUUUACUAAGAUUUCAUCAGAGUCUAGCACCUGAGACUUUUGAGCAGCUUCUGGAAGAGGAGAAUGAGUUAUUUUCUAGAAUUCAGCACCAAGAAACAUCUAGACAGCAAAUAACUGGAACUGAGCCACAAAAUAGGGGUCUUUUUUCAACUUCUGGAAUAAGGAAUGCUGUUCAAGAAGAAAGUUCUCCAGAUACAACCAGUGAUGGUGAAUCUUGGGAAGUGGAACAUAUAAGUUCAACCACAUUGUUCAAUCUUGAGGUAGAACAAGUUCAUCUUGGGGCAUAUUCUCAUAGUGAUAGCAUAGCUAGCAGAACUCCGUUAACAUAUGAGACACCAACUUUAGAAAGUGAACAAGGAGGACUUUGGAAUAUGUUUCCAUCUUUUGAGCAGACAGAUGCAACAACUUAUCUCAGUACCAUGGGAAUUCCCAUUCACAGAAUUUUAAAUACUGAUUUAAAUGAUACAACAUCUAUUACAAUUCAGAGCACAUUAACGCAGACAGUGACAACAUUCAGUGGCUCAAUUGACCUUAUGGACAGUGACAGUGAUUUAGUGCAUAGUGUCUCACCCUCAAGUGAAAACAUGGAAAGGGCAGAGUCACCAGAUGAAAGAGAUGGUUCUGGUGGUAGGACUAGUUCUGGUUCCAAUUCAAAUACUAGUUCUGAUUUCCAUUCAAGUUUUCCAUUGAUUUCUAGUUCAAAUUCCAGCUACAUAACUAGUUUCAAUUCUAGUCCUAUUUCCAGUUCCAGCUCCAGUGAUGAAAAUUCAGAAAUUAGAUCACUGAUGAUUGACGGCACUAAUGAAAUAAGCUUAUCAUCAGGCUCACCAUCAGAAGCUAGGCAAGAAAGUAGACCUAUGAGCCCCAUAAUAUUUGAUGAAAGUGACUCUUGGACUUCCCUUAAUCUGGACCAUUUCUUCCUCUUGAAUGAAGACUAUCAUGACCAAACUACAGGACUCACCAAAGCACAAAUUGACAACUUGGCUGUAAGAUCUUUUGGUAAAAGUGGUGCAUUAAAAGCCUGUAGUAUUUGCAUCACAGAGUACACAGAAGGCAACAAACUACGCAUCCUACCUUGCUCCCAUGAAUUUCAUAUCCACUGUAUCGAUAGCUGGCUGUUGGAGAACUCUACCUGUCCUAUUUGUCGUAGGAAAGCAGUAGAGUCUGGUGAAAGAGAAAAUUCUAAUUGAGAUCUGAAUUCUCACCUAUACGAACGGUUAUAGUGAUGAACAAACAGUAGUCACCUGCCUGAUGUCCACUUUUGGAGUGAUUUUUAAAUAAAAUAAUCUGAAUCUAAUCUAAAAUUGAAUCCUGAAAAAAAAUUAAAUUGAAUCCCCAUAUAAUAAUCUGAACUGAAUCACUGGUUCCUGAAGGAAUGUUUAGAUUUUUCCCAAUUUCUGUUCCAGAAUUUUUAAAAAAUGCUGUCUUACCUGACAGCAAUACUGUCCUGUUAAAUAUAAGAAUCUGAAUCUGAUCUAAAAUUGAAUCCUAAUGUAACAAUCUGUAGUGAAUCAUUGUUUCCUGAAGGAAUGAUUGAAC